AAUCGUUUAAUAUAUGUGAAAAGAAAAGUCAUAACCAUUACACAAAUGAAUAAUUCCGAAGAAGAAAUUAUAAGUUAUAAGAGUAGGGAGAAUAAACACAUAAAAAAAUAGAGCCUAGAAAAGGGCUGAUAGACGAUAUAAAAAGAGCAUCAGGUCUCCAAAUGAAAGCUUCUCAGAUCCUUUUAAAGAAUCCCACAACUACAAGUCUACAACUACUCCGCCCAUCUCCAUUGUUCUAAUAAAAUUAAAUCGUCAUGUUUUAAUCACACUUCUAAUCAUUAUCAUCAUCAACCUUUGGGGCUUCAACGAACAACAUCAAAAACUGCUCAAAUUCUCUAAUUUCUCAAAUGCCAUGGUGAAAGAUGAUAAGAUUGAAAGAAAGAGGGAAGUGAUUUUAACAUCUCCACUUUCUAUAGAUGAGGAUUCAAAUAAUGAAUACAAACCUCCUAACAUUAUUCAGAUGAUCUUUGGUCUCCUUAACAAUGUUCGACCUGGAGCUGAUCUUACUCGUUUUCAGCUACCUCCGUUGUUUAACUUGCCAAAAUCACACCUACAAUGCUAUGGAGAAUCAGUGUAUUGUGUAAAGAAAGACAUGCUAAGCAAAUGUGUCAACGGAGAAACCGCUGUCGAUCGGAUGAUCGCAGUCGUGGCUUGGAGCAUCUCGAGUCUCCGUCCACUUAUGUUUGGUGUCGCUCCAUAUAAUCCCAUUCUUGGUGAGACUCAUCAUGUAUCAAGAGGAACCCUUAAUGUACUACUUGAACAAGUUUCCCAUCACCCGCCAGUUUCGGCAUUGCACGCGACUGAUAAGUCUAAUGGUGUUGAACUCAUUUGGUGCCAACAUGCUCUUCCCAAGUUUCAGGGAACUACCAUAGAAACAAUAGUGCAUGGAAAAAGGAAGAUGAAACUUGUAGAAAAGGGAGAAAGUUAUGAGAUGAACUCUCCAAAAUUGUUGAUAAGAUUAUUGCCAAAGCUUGGUGUUGAUUGGGUUGGGAAUGUGAGAAUCAAAUGCCAAGAAACAGGGCUUCAAGCUGAAUUAUCCUUUAAAACUGCUUCUUUUAUGGGUUUUGGAGGUGGCUUUAGAUCUGUUAAAGGAAAAAUCAUUUAUUCAUCUGAUUCUUCCAAGACAUUAUAUGAAAUCUUUGGCCAAUGGGACAGGACCGUUAAAAUUAAGGACACGAUCGACGGAAAAACUAAAGUAGUGUACAAUGCUAAAGAGGUUAUUUCUGCACUUUCGACCCCAACACUACGGGAUCCAGAGGGAGUGUUGCAAAGUGAAUCAGCAAUAGUAUGGGGAGAGGUAAGCAAAGGGAUACUAAGCAAAGAUUGGGAUAAAGCAAGAGAUGCAAAGAGAGCACUUGAAGAGAAAGAAAGAGAGCUUUUGAGGUUGAGGAAAUCCAAAGGAGAACAAUGGAAUCCUAAGUUUUUUAAUUUGUCUUACGAUAUUGAAACUGGUUGGGAUUGUUCACCUAAACAAGAUACUGUUUCUCCAGCUCCAAUUAUUUUUCCAAUUUAACCUCUUUUUAUAUUAUUAUUAUUAUUGUUAUUAUUAGAUUGUUAAUUUUAGUUGCAUUAAUAUAGUAUUAUUUCGUGAUGAUUUUGCAAAUUCAAGCAAAAAUCUUAGUAAAAAUACAAAUCCUCAAAUGAAAUG